AUGUUGGAUUACUUUGUCCUGAAUUUCGCCAGCAACAAAUCCAACUCCAGCGCCAAUUCCAACUCCAGCUACCAGCUCCAUUCGAAAGAUGUGUGCAUGUUUCAGCGCACCACGCCAACCGUAACCAUAUUUCUGAUCUAUGGCUUGGCGGUGCCCACCCUGGCCUCGUUUGGUCUGUGCGCGAACUUCAUCAAUGCUGUCGUCUUCAUGCGACCCAAGAUGACGCCCUCGGCUUUCACUUACCUGGCCGCCCUUUCCUGGCUGGAUUGCGUGUCCUGCCUGCUCAUCACGUUGACCGCACUCUCGCGCAGCUAUUUCUAUCAGAGCGCCGCCUGGGUGGCCUAUGAUUAUCAGUGGCAGACGCCGCUCUUUGGCAUUAGCACGGGCGCUGCUAAUCUGAUACUGGCCUGCGUUAGCCUUGAUAGAUUUAUCUAUUUGUCACGUUUUACGGUCGGCAACGGUGCACCCAGAUUUUGUCGUCGCAAGGUGGCACGCUUUAUGAUCUGCUUCGUUAUUCUCAUCUCCAUCCUGGUCAAUAUGCCGUACUUUUUUUGUUUUGUUGUCGACUUGGAUACGGCCACCUGCCAUGUCACGGACUUCUACUAUUCCAAGUUCUAUCAGAUACACAACUGGUUCUCAUUUGCCCUGUUGGCGCUGAUACCAGCCGUAUUUUUGCUAAUUGGCAAUACGGCCAUCAUAAUUGCCUUUCGCCGCUGGACCAAGCAGGGCAAAAGAUGCCAGCAAAGCAGCUGCAAUGACAACGAGCGCACCACACAGAAACGCUAUCAGCAUCAAAUGAAGCUCACAAUCAGCAUUCUAAUUGUCAUCACGCUCUAUAUGGUGGGUGAGCUGCCGGCGCACAUGACAUCGAGAAAGAGUUCCCUCAAUCUGCUCUUUGGCGGCGAUACGAAUAAAAUGGACGAGGAUCUGAUGGAGCAUCUGGAGGUCAUAUUCAUAACCCUAAAUGCCCUCCAGCUGAGCAUGAACAUUGUGGUCUAUGCUGUGAUUAAUCCCAGCUUCAUGCCCGAAUUCUUUUUGUGUUUGCGUGGCGCCUCGGAUGUCUGCUUUCGUCUUUGCUGCCUGGCCAGCAUGUCACGUGGCUGUCAGCGCUGCUGGAGCUGGCCGCGACGUCGUCAGGAGCCGCACGCCGAGGAGCGCGUUGUCAGCAGCGUGCCAGCCCAGCAACUGCCGCCGGAUGAGGCGCCGCAGUGUGGCUGCGAGAGCUGGAGCAGCGAUUCCGGGUGCGAUGAUGGCGGCCACUGCAAAACGGUGGCGGGCACGUUCACCUUUGUGGAUGACUAUCAGUGCAGUGCGGAGGCGCAGCCACAACCGGCGGUAUUUAUCACCAUGGCCAGCGCAUGCAGGCAGCUAGAGGAACAAAUCCUGGAGGACGUUCUCAGUUCCUGCGCCAUGUGA